AUGGACGCCUUCAGGGGGUAUCAUCAGAUCUUCAUACACCCGGCUGACGAGGAGAAGACCGCGUUCCUAACGCCGGACGGAGUGUACUGUUACCGAGUUAUGCCCUUCAGGCUUAAGAACGCAGGGGCUACUUACACUCGGAUGGUCGCCCGACUAUUCCAAGACCUAUUGGGGAAGUCCAUGGCGGCCUACGUAGAUGAUAUGCUGGUCAAGAGCCGGGAGGAGGCCAAGCACGCGGAGGAUUUGGCCGACUGCUUCCAGGUGAUGCUAAGGUAUAAUCUCCAACUAAACCCAAAAAAGUGUGCCUUCGCGGUGCAAGGAGGUAAGUUCUUGGGGUACAUGGUGACCAAGAGAGGCAUUGAGCCCAACCCCGAGAAGGUUCAAGCUAUCAUCGACAUGCAACCUCCCAGUACCGUUAAAGACUUGCAACGGCUGACUGGUCGAUUGGCUGCCCUCAGUCGCAUCUUAAGCAAGGCGGCGGAUAGGACCAUACCAUUCUUCAAAGCCAUGAAGAAGAAAGAAGGCUUUGCAUGGACGGCUGAAUGCCAACAAUCGUUCGAAGAGCUGAAGCAAUAUCUUUCCACGCCACCGGUGUUGUCCACCCCUCAGGUGGGGGAGCCCUUGUUUCUAUACUUAGCUGCCUCCCCCAGGGCGGUAAGUUCAGUACUCGUCCGGGAAGAAGAGCGUACCCAGCAUCCGGUAAAUUACGUGAGCCGCUCCUUAAAGGCCACUGAGGCGCGGUACACGGCCUUGGAAAAGAUCGUCUACGCGUUAGUAAUUACUGUACGCAAGUUGGCACCUUAUUUCCAAGCCCACACCGUUCGGGUCCUGACCGACCAGCCUCUGGGGAGUGUGUUGCAAAACCCCACGUCGUCGGGUCGAUUGGUAAAAUGGGCCGUGGAAUUGACCCAGUAUGGGAUCGAGUAUCAGCCACGCCCGUCCAUUAAGGGGCAAGCCUUAGCCGACUUCUUGGUCGAGUGCACCGUAGGGGAAGGCGAUAAAGAGGGCACCAUGGAAGAUAACCCAGGCGAAUGGUGGCAGAUGCACGCGGACGGAGCGGCGAGUCGACAACACUACGGAGGCAGAGUCAUGCUAAUUACCCCGGAAGGAUUCCGGCUCUACUAUGCCCUAAGCUAUCUGUUUCCAGCGUCCAAUAACGAAGCAGAAUACGAGGCUGUUUCAGGCACCUGCGAAGCUAAGAACGCUCGGAUGGCCCAGUACAAGGAAAAAGCGAUAGAGAUGCUGAGUGGAUUCGGGAUGUAUGAAAUCGAAUACAUUCCGCGAGCGGACAACACUAAGGCUGACAUAUUAUCAAAAAUUGCCCUGGAAGGGGUACCAGAUCACCUCGUCAAGAUUUGUCAAAAAGAGGAGUUAAAUCGACCAAGUAUAGAGGAGACGACGUUAGAAAUCCGACAGGUAGCUGUCGAAGAGUGGGAUCGAGAGAAAAAUCCCAAGAUGUUCUGGAUCGACGACAUCCGCCGAUAUAAAGAAACAUGGGAGUUACUAGAGGACCCAGGAGUCGCCGCGAGGGUGAUUUGCCGCUUCAGCCUGCCUGAGCACGUGGUCAGCGAUAACAGCCGACAGUUUGACUGUCAAGCCUUCGCCGACUUCUGUUGCCAACACAGUAUACGACACACCAAGGUAUCCGUCGCGUACCCUCAGGCCAAUGGACAGGUCGAAAACGUAAACCGAACGAUAGUGGAUGGAAUCCGGAAGAAGUUGGAGAACAUUGGGGGAAAUUGGACGGAUGAGCUCGACCGAGUCCUAUGGGCUUAUCGAACUACGCAAAGACGGGCGACCGAAGAGAGUCCAUUUUCCCUAGCAUACGGCUUCGAAGCCAAGGUUCCGAUAGAAGUCGUCGAACCCACCCACCGAGUCCGCGACUAUUCCGACGAGGAAAAUGAGGAGAACCUUAGAAUCGAAAAGAACUUCUUUGAAGAGAGAAGGGAGGUUGCCUACGCCCGAAUGGUAGAAUAUCAGCGAGCCGUGAAGAGAUAUCGUGAUCGAAGGAUUCGCCCACGAACCUUUCAGGUCGGCGAUCUCGUACUACGGGAUCGACGGGCGAGCCAGCCUACGAAAGGGGGUAAAUUCGCAAUCAAGUGGGAAGGACCUUAUCGCAUUGCAGCCGUGGUCCAGGCUGGCACCUAUAAGCUGGAGACCCUGGAGGGAAAGCCCGUAGACCGGAUCUGGAAUGUCAUUCACUUGAAGAAGUUCUACCAGUAA